UUAAAUUGUUAGUGCAAAAUAUUACUAUGCACAGUAACAGCUUUAAAAACUUAAAGCUUUGAGUUUUCUAAUAAUUGCGCAUUCAUCAAUCGUACGCCACUCACGGGGGAGCUUUACAUUUCAAAAUAUUAAUGAAUUGUUGCUUUGGUGGAGAAUUGUGUAAAUAAUUGAAAAUGUCAUUAUUUGGGCAAGAAUUUGAACAAAUUUGGCCAAUAGCCGGUGCAGCGAUUAAACUUACUGAAUUUGGUAAGAAUUUAUUAAAGAAGUGCGAAACUGUUACUAAGCCAGACACAAGUAAUAUUAAUAUUAAAGAAGUUAUAAAAAGGUCAUCCAAUUUCCCAGUUGAGUUCGGUACUAACACUUGUCGCAUCAUCAGUCAACCAAAGGAUCGUUAUCCAAUAAUUGAACAACAAAUUGCAUCGGCUUAUCCAGUAAUACAUGAACGCGUACUGAGUCUCUAUAUUGAUUUCUUGGAGCACAAGUGUAAAUACGGAAAUAAUCGUGAACGUGACCUCUAUACGAAACUAACACUCACAGAUUUCGUACAACGUCUUCUCACUAAACGAUGUGUCAGUUUUUAUGGUAAAAAUGACAAGUUUUUACUCCUAAGUCGUGAAAAAGGCUGUAGUGGUUUUAUGGAAGUUGGAACUGAUAAAGAAAAGCCACCACUAGUACUUUCAAAUGUACUCAGUUUUGACGAAAUUAAAUUAUCUGCGCUCCUAUCAGUUUCUUCACACUCUGAAUUUAUUAAUGAUGGUAAUCGUAAAAAUAUGGGAAUUAUAGAAAAGGAUAAAACUAAAAUAGAGCGUGAUGGUGUUGUUAUUGGAAUUAUUGGUGCGCGCUUAUCACGACGUGAUGUAAUGGAAUUUCAAGAUAUUAUCAUAUCCAAAACACAAAAUACUAAAGAAAAUGGUUAUGGUGAAGCAAUUGAAAAUAUUACUGACACACGUCCAGCAGAUUACCGACGUAUAUGGAAGGAAUUCUAUGAGGAACCGGAUUUUGUUUAUACUAAUAUUGUUAAAGAUGAUCGAAGAUUUGGGGAUUCAGUAAGUAAAGAUGACAUUUUCGAUAGCGUCUUAAUGAAGAAACGUUAUGCUAUUUCAUUUGAUACACUACUCUUGGAAAGUGAAGCCAAAGCAGCCAAAGCAAAUAAAAGUGCUUAUAUGCAUGUUGUGGGUAUUGGUUUGGGUGUUUGGAAAGUUUCUGGACAACAGGAGAAGAUAUUUUUAGACACAUUUACCGAACGUUUAAAGGUUUUGAUGGAAAAAUUACCACAUAUUGCAGUGGUACAUUUUUCAUGGUUCCAUCUGAAUGAAUGGGGCGAACUUAAGAAUAAUGGUUUUUUAGAAUGUGAAAAACAUCCUAAUGGAGGUAUUCAGACCUUUUUAUCUAACCGUAAUCCAGCUGACAAAUUGAGAACUCCUGAGCUAGAAAAUAUGUUAGUAAUUGUUUCAUAUGCUUGGGAUGGUAAUGCUCUACCUGGUAACGAGUUUUGGAUGAAAAUGUUGAAAUCUACUGGCGAUUCGUCUACUGCCUGUAGCACAUUGGUCACUGAACUGCACAAUCCUUUCAUCAAUAAGGAUAUGGUCAAUGGCAAUAACUUACAUAUAGCAUCUGAACACUUUGGCGUUUUGCAUAUUGCAGAUUACGCAGCAAAAGUUUUAAAUGAAUAAUGCAAUAUUUAAUAUAUUUAACAAUACGCAAUAUA